UAUUCGAAAAUAACAAACAAUUCUAAAAAGUGUAUUAGAAGCUUUACUUCAAAAUUUUAUGACACUCUGGAUUAGUCACAUCUAAGUGCAAGAAUGAUAUUGAAUAAUGGACAGAAAUCAAUGGAGUCGAUAUCGAGCUGGACCGACGCGAAAAUUUCGUCGACGAGCCGUCUUGAAAAAUGGUGAUUGCAACGUGCUGCAAUCGCGUAUCUCUCGAAGAUCCUUACGUUUUCUGCAAGACAUUUUUACAACUUUAGUGGAUACACAAUGGCGGUGGACGUUACUGUGCUUCAUUUUAAGUUUUCUUCUAUCUUGGCUGGGUUUUGCAAUGAUUUGGUGGCUGAUUGCCUUCACUCAUGGUGAUUUCGAGGAACAUCAUUUACCACCCUUUCAAAUAGAAAACAACUGGACACCGUGUGUUUACAAUAUUUUCAGCUUUACUAGCUGUUUCCUUUUUAGUAUCGAAACUCAGCACACUAUCGGAUAUGGUAGUCGCUCCACAACUGAAGAAUGCCCGGAAGCUAUAUUUAUUAUGUGUAUUCAAAGUAUCGCUGGCGUUAUGAUCCAAGCUUUUAUGGUGGGUAUUGUAUUCGCUAAAAUGACUAGACCGAAACAACGUACUCAAACUCUAUUAUUUUCGCGAAAUGCCGUGAUUUAUCAACGAGAUGGUGAGCUUUGUCUCAUGUUUCGAGUGGGUGAUAUGAGGAAGAGUCAUAUAAUUGGUGCAAGCGUUCGCGCCCAAAUAAUUCGUAGUAGAACAACCAAAGAAGGUGAAAUUCUAUCUCAACACCAGCAGGAACUAGUGGUAGGUACCGAUGGUGAAAAUGGAGAUUUAUUUUUCAUUUGGCCAACCACUAUAAUCCAUCGGAUCAAUGAAUCUUCGCCCUUCUUUGAUAUGUCUGCUGAGGAUAUGUUAACUGAACGUUUCGAAGUUGUUUUGAUCUUAGAAGGUACUAUUGAAUCUACUGGACAAACUACUCAAGCUAGAUCAAGUUAUCUACCGCAAGAGAUUUUAUGGGGUCAUCGUUUCGACCCCAUGGUAAGCUAUUCAAAGGAGCGACAAGGUUAUGAAGUAGACUAUUCUCUGUUUAAUAGUACUACUCAGGUUGAUACCCCACUAUGUUCUGGCAAGGAUCUUGCAGAAUUUUAUAAGGCACAGGAUGAUCUUCGUCACGGAACUGCUGCAAUCACAAUCCGCCAAACAACAACCGUCGCUAUAUCGGUUUUCUUCUUCGAGGGAAUUUCUUCUUCUCAAUCAAUAUUCGGGGGGCAACGACGAACGGAUCACCACUCGUAACAAUUUUAUGUUGGUUUAAUAUAUGAUAAUUUUUAAUACAUAUUUGAUAUUACUUUUCAACAAAAUCUCUUCAAAAAAAUAAACAAAAAGUAAUUGUUUCUCAUAAUCUUUGGAUACAAUUUUGCAUGUGAAAUUACUCUAUCAACAUUUAUAGACAUCAAUGUUUUAACACUCGGAACAUUUAAGAAAAACAUUUACGAUCACGGUCAAAUCUUGAUGCAUAAUAGUAUAAAUUCAAUAGAAUAUUCAAUAGAUAUUUUACUGUCAAACUUGUAUCACAAUGAUUAAUACAAUUAAGCUAAUAUCGCAAUACGUUAAGAUAUAGUUUUAAAUUAUCUUAAUUUAGAUUCAUAGUUGUAUUCAAAGAAAUAAAAUAACACUUAGAAAAAUAACUUUCUAAAUAUUUAAUUUUAAGUUGUAUAAGUGAUUCAAAAACAUUUACAGUUUAUAUAACAGUCUAUGUUUUAUUUCAUCUGAGAUUUGCAUUUAGUAAUAUUCGUAGAAGUGAUCAGUAUCACUUUAUGAAAGGAACUUGUUUAAUUAAAAAUACUGUUUGAUAAUAAGAAAAUAGAUUAAAUGUUGGGCCGGCAAUUUAAUCUGUUAAUCUAAUUCAUUAUCCCAAUAUCGUUGAUAAAAUAGCCUGAGUGACACAUUACGUGAAAAUAGUUUUUUGAUCUUUAGAACGAUUGCCCUAUGUAACCUUUGUAUAACCUUUUCACUUGAUUAGUAGAAUGAAGAGUAAGAUAAAUAAUUGUUAAAAUAGUAAAUAUUUGUUACUAUUUUCAUUAUAAACCUGAUUUCUGCACUUUAAAUAAUCUUAAUGUACUCUGGCUUCAAAAUAUUACACAGCAGAAUAAUUCGGAUAUCACCUAUUCGAAGUUUAAUUUGAUUAAUAUUUGAUGAUAAUUUCUGUAAUAUUCGUUUAAAACAAUAUAAUAUCAAUUUCUAAUGAAGAGUAACUUGUCAUAAUUAUUGCACGUACGAGAUGUGUUUGAAAAGUAAUGGACAUGGCAUUAGAGAUCUGACAAUAUUGUAUUUAUGCCAUUAAAACUAGUUGAACAAUACAUUUUUAUUAAUACUUUUAUAAUACAAGUUUCUAGCCGACAAUAUGUCUGAUUUAAUAAUAAGUUUUGUAAGUGUGUUGUAGCGUUACAAAAA